GUUAUCGUUAGUAUUGCACUUGACGAAGUGGUGUACGGUUGGCUAGCACGCGAAUAAAUAGUUAACAAGAAAAGCGAGGCAGCAAAGGAUAAGAAAGGAUACGAAAAGAGACAGUAACGGGAAAUUGAGACAAAAAUAAUUGCAAAGUGAUGAAUUUAUUUAUGUUCUACGGCGCAGCGUUGCUGCUACUCACAGCUCACAUCUGCGCCAGCUCAACGCCCAAAGCGGAGUCACGCAUUAGUGUACCGGUAAAACCAAAGCGUGAAGCUCCACUCUCCAGUAGCGGUUAUCACGGACCAUCUUAUAAGUAUUUGCCGCCAGCGCCAGUCGCUAACAGCUACAACAGUUACAGCAGCCAUGGCAGCAGUAGUUUGGCCGGCUUUGGGUCGAGCUCUAGCGCGGGCUUAGGUUAUGACCUCGGAGCUGGUGCUCCAAAAAUUGAAACUUAUAUUGUACAGACUGAGCCAGCAUACAGUGGACAUGCAAGUCAUGGCAGCGCGUCAUAUAGCGGCAGCGGCAGCAGCAGCAGCAGCAAUCAUUUUGGUGGAGUUCAAGGUGUAAGUUCUGGUAGUGCAGGUGGUAGCGGCUACCGUUACAGCAAUGGCGGCCCACACUUCUCUGCAGGUGGCUCAACGCUUUUGGGUCACAGCAGUCACAGUGGAGGCGGCAACUACAAACACUACACCAAAGCGCGUCCCCACAUACAAACCUUCAUCGUACCGGCGAGCUCAUUGGCACAUAGUUCGGGUGGUGGUAGUAGCGCUGGUCAUCAUGCUACACAUUUUGGUGGUACCGGCAGUAGUGGUGCUGGAUAUCAGUAUACGCCCUCCUUCGGCAGCACAUUGCAUUCAACAGCCGGCGUUGGUGGAUUUGGUAGUGCGCAUAACAUCGGUUUUGGUGGCGCAUCAUUCGGUGGACACUCCGGUGGCAGUCUUGGUACACAUGGUGGCAGCAACUCGGUGUCCUACAAUCCACAACAAGGCUACAGUUAUAGCGGUAGUAAUCAUGGCGGCAACGUUGGCACCACGCUAUCAUUCACCAGUCAAGGCAGUCAUAGUGGCGCCGAGUACGCACAUAGCGCACCGCCAAGCAUACCAUCGACCAGCUAUGGCGUACCUGCAGGUCCUGCCGUCACCACGUAUCAUCAAGGUGCUGGUGUUAGCGCAGGUCAUUCGUUCCACAGUGGUGCCGGCGACGAAACACCCGCCUAUGCAGUGGGUCAUAAGGGAUUAGGUCAUUUUGGUUUUAGCGCCAGCAAACCGCAUGCUUUGAAUACGAAUUUCAUCUCUUCGAGCAGCUCGAGCCAUGGCGAUCACAGUAGUAGAGCACCAUUUAAGCCAUCCACACUUUUGGGCACCACCUAUGAAGUAUCGGCACCGGGCAGUCAAUACCUACCACCCACCUCACCCGGCUACGAGUAUCAAACGCAGGCGAUUCUACAUAGUGGCGCUACCGCAACGGGCAGCGCUUCAGCACAUGUUAAUGAACCGGACUCUGGCUAUUUACCGCCAAUUUCGACGCCAGGCGGCGCCUACUUGCCGCCUCAUCAGCACUGAGCAGCAUGAUACUUGUUCAGGCACAUCUUCACAAAAUGCAUUUAUUACUCGCUGCUUCUUAUUUAUUGACAGCCUCUAAACUUUACUUUUACUGUACAUUCAUGUAUGUAAAUAAAUAGAUUAACUAAA